UUCGAUCGGCCGAUGCCCUCUUGUGGGCUUUGGGCGCGACAUGGCUACCAGCAGUCCUACUGAACUCCAUUCGCUAUUUCGCUGCUUCUCCCUCUCUCUCUCUCUCUCCAGCUCCACAACUGCCGAGAAGACUUCAUUAAUUUCGCCUGCUUCGCUCUGUUCCCGACCACUUGCUCGAUAUUUUAAGUCCUCGGAGCUUUCGAGAUUCAAAGAAGCCAACAAUUACUUUUCCUGCAAACUCAGUUUUUUAUUUAUGACGAUAAUGGUGCAAUCGUUGCCGGCAUCAUUCGUAUAUGCAAGCCUCGGGCUUUCUGUACCGAAGAAGAGAACCCUGCUUGAUUCAGCCCCCAAUGGCGCAGUGGCUGCCGGAUCUCUUACUCUUGGCGGUGGUUUUCUCCUCGUUGCUGCAUCUCGUGCUUUCGACUGACCCUCCUCUCUCCCCCAAGGGCGUCAACAGCGAAGUGGUGGCGUUGAUGUUGAUGAAGAGCAUGAUGAGGGAUGAGACCGGGGUCAUGGGCGGAUGGGACAUUAAUUCCGUGGAUCCUUGUACGUGGACGAUGGUCGGAUGCUCGCCCAAUGGCCUCGUUAUUUCUCUGGAUAUGGCUAAUAAUGGCUUGUCGGGUACGCUAUCGGCGAGUGUGGGAAACCUAAGCCACCUUCAGACCAUGCUUUUGCAGAACAACAAAAUAACAGGUCCUCUUCCUGUUGAGAUUGGGAAGUUAUCACAGCUCAAGACUCUAGACCUAUCUGAUAAUCAAUUUGCUGGUCAAAUUCCUGGAUCCCUUGGACUUCUGACUCACCUAGGUUACUUGCGACUUGAUAGGAAUAAUUUUUCUGGCCCUAUACCUGAAGCUGUUGCACAGCUUGCUGGCCUUACUUUCCUAGAUUUGUCUUUCAAUAAUCUAAGUGGCCCAAUCCCAAUGAUUUCUGCAAAAGACUAUAGUGUUGCAGGAAACUAUUUUCUAUGCAAUUCAUCUACAACACGUGGAUGUGCAAAUGGCUCUGUAGUAGUCAAUGAACCCAUCACUUCAGGAAAAUCCAGCAACCAUCAUUUAGCUGUUGCAGUCUCUUUGAGUGUCAUCUGCGUUUUGAUACUUUUUGUACUUAUGCUUUUUUGCUGGCUACAUCGAUGCCGAUGGCGAUUGCCUUUUGCUUCUGCUGACAAAAAAUAUGAAUUUGGAAUGGGUCAAUUGAAGAGGUUCUCAUUUCGGGAGCUGCAGGUUGCUACUGAUAAUUUUAGUACCAAGAACAUUCUUGGCCAAGGCGGAUUUGGGGUGGUUUAUAAAGGAGUUCUCAGAAAUGGAACUGUUGUUGCUGUAAAAAGGUUGAAAGAUCCCAACUUUACUGGGGAAGUACAGUUCCAAACAGAAGUUGAGAUGAUUGGAUUAGCAUUGCAUAGGAAUGUCUUAUGCUUGUAUGGUUUCUGUAUGACAUCAAAUGAUAGACUACUUAUCUAUCCGUAUAUGCCAAAUGGGAGUGUUGCUGAUCGGCUAAGAGAUCAUAAUAAUGGAGUACCAUCUUUGGACUGGAACAAACGAAUGCGGAUUGCACUUGGGGCUGCUCGUGGAUUGCUUUACUUGCACGAACAAUGCAAUCCUAGAAUCAUUCACAGAGAUGUUAAAGCUGCCAAUAUUCUACUUGAUGAAAACUAUGAAGCCAUUGUAGGAGAUUUUGGGCUGGCAAAGCUUUUAGAUAGGAGGGAUUCUCAUGUCACUACAGCAGUGAGAGGAACUGUAGGACACAUAGCACCAGAAUAUCUAUCAACUGGCCAAUCUUCAGAGAAAACUGAUGUCUUUGGAUUUGGCGUUCUAUUGUUAGAAAUGAUAACUGGACAGAAAACGCUAUGUUCUGGAAAUGGCAACACCCAGAAGGGGGUCAUCCUUGAGUGGGUGAGAGAGUUGUAUGAAGAGAAAAGGUUACACAGUAUGGUGGACAGGAAGCUCAAUGGCUUCUUCAUUGCAGCUGAACUGGAGAAUGCAGUAGAAGUGAUUCUUUUGUGCACCCAAUCCAAUCCAAGCAUCCGACCAACGAUGUGUGAAGUGGUGAAGGCUCUUGAAAAAGCCAGACCAGCUGAACAACAAGUAGAAGAAUCGCAUGAGGUGUUGCAGGGCACUUCUUGCAGUUUAUCCAGAUUCCAUGAUGACAUCAAUGAAGCUUCUUCAUUUGUCAUUGAACCGAUUGAGCUCUCAGGGCCAAGAUGACAGGAUUCCAAAUCUUACCUCGGUAAAAAUCUCUCAAUGAUGUAUGGCUAAGUGUCUUACAAUGAAUUUUGUUUUGAAUGUGGAUUAUAAAUGUAUAUAUUCUUGCUAAUGGCCUGAUGAUUUGCUGAUAUGUUUUUUUUUCUGAAAGAUUGCUGUUUAUGCUA